UUAAAAUGCACCAAUCAGUUGUUAAGCUUGCUAGCAGCAGUCUUCAAGAUGCUGCCGUCUCCUAGCAACGAGCCAUCCGAGCCAAGCAAAAGGUGCCUGUCUCUUUAACAGGUGACUCCUCCUCCUCCUCGCACAUGUGCUAUCAAGAUGGCGGCCGUGCAGGACCGUAAGGAAGUUUACCUGGGCUUUGACUUCAGCACUCAACAGCUCAAAGUGGUCGCCAUCAAUGAAGACUUGGACGUGAUCCAUCAGAACCAUGUCCACUUUGACUCCCAACUACCCGACUUCAGGACCGAGGGGGGUGUCCACGUUGCAGCUGAUGGCCUGAGGAUCACAUCGCCUGUUCUCAUGUGGGUGAAGGCGUUGGACCUCCUCUUGGAGAAGAUGCAAAAAGAAGGCUUUGACUUCUCCAGUGUGCAAGCGCUGUCAGGCAGCGGUCAGGUGACCUAUCUUCUUCUACCUAGCUGGCUGUCAAGUGCAUUAUGGGUGAUGUUCCUCUGCCCUCUCAGCAACAUGGCAGCGUCUACUGGAGGACGGGAGCUUCUCAGACCCUUGAGCAGCUCGACCCCGCCUUCAGUCUCCACCAGCAGCUCCAGUUUCUCUGUAGGUGACUCUCCAGUGUGGAUGGACUCCAGCACUGGGCCACAGUGUGAACGCCUGCAGGAGGCAGCAGGGGGUGCUGCGAAGCUGGCUGAUCUCACAGGCUCCAGGGCUUAUGAGCGUUUCACUGGAAAUCAGAUCGCCAAAAUGUGUCAGGAGCGACCACAAGACUUCCAGGACACCGAGAGGAUCUCAUUGGUCAGCAGCUUUGCAGCGUCUCUCUUCCUGGGUGCUUACGCCGCCAUUGACUACAGUGACGGGUCUGGCAUGAACCUUUUGAACAUCAGGACCAAAAAAUGGUCUGAGGUCUGCAUGGAGGCUACCGCUCCACACCUGGACCGUCUGCUUGGGAUGCCGCUUCCCUCGGCGUCAGUGCUGGGUCCCGUUUCCUCCUACUGGGUGCACAGGUUUGGUUUUUCCAACUCAUGCAGAGUGGUGGCCUUCACUGGAGACAACCCAGCAUCUUUGGCGGGAAUGCGACUCCAGCAAGGCGACAUUGCUGUGAGCCUGGGAACUAGCGACACAGUGUUUGUGUGGCUGCAGCAUCCUCGCCCCGCCCUCGAGGGUCACGUGUUGAUCAACCCUGUCGACUGGAGACAUUUCAUGGCCUUGUUAUGCUUCAAGAACGGAUCAUUGACCAGAGAACGCGUGAGGAACCGCUGUGCUGAAGGAUCAUGGGAAGUCUUCUCAGCUGCCUUGAGAGAGACUCCUCUCGGAAACGAUGGCUACAUUGGCUUUUAUUUUGAUGUCCUGGAGAUUCUGCCCCGUGCUGUUGGAAUUCAUAUCUUUGAUGCGGAUGACAACAAGGUGUCGUCAUUGAGUGCUCAGGCGGAGGUGCGAGCGCUGGUGGAGGGUCAGUUCCUGUCACGGAGGCUCCAUGCAGAGCUCCUUGGUUACUCCAUCAUUCCAGGAAGUCGAGUUUUGGCAACGGGAGGAGCAUCGUGUAACAAAGACAUCUUGCAGGUGUUGUCAGACGUGUUCAACGCUCCAGUGUACACCAUUGAUGUGUCCAACUCGGCCUGUCUUGGCUCCGCCUACAGAGCAAUGCACGGCGUCGUUGACCAAUCAGGACUUUCCUUCUUCGAUGUGCUGAAGAAAGCUCCGGAAGCACGACUUGUUGCCACACCACAGCCUACUGCACAACAGGUGUACAAUGACAUGCUGCGGCGCUAUGCCCAAUUGGAGAAGAGAGUCCUGCAGGAGCCUCACCCCUCAGAUGUGGCUGCCAAUCUAAUUGGAUGAUAGGAGUCGAGAGAAAGCUUUUCUCACUCUUCGUGCUUUAUGGAAAACACCAGAGAGUUGACCUGCCCUCGGAGGAAUGCAUUAGACAACAAUGGCCUGGAAAACAUUGCCCAGGAAGGCCUCAUUCACAACCGCCACACCUUCAGUCCCCUGCGCCCCCAAACAAGCGCCCUCUUGCCACAUUUCCAUCCAAUUUCCACUGCAGAACGUGUUCAUUUUCAGCCUAAUGGCAUGUCAUUUUGCCCCAGCCUUUGGUCAAGAAUUAAUCCUGGAAUCAAAACAGAUUUUCCAGGCAGCAAUCUUCCAUCAAGUAUUGAUUUUUUUUUUCUUUUUACACUGGCCGAGCCUGUACUCCCUAAUUUAAGCUGACAGGCAGCAGCACAAUGGAGCACCUUGGCAUCUCUCUCCCUCUUCCCCUCAGAUGUACACAACAUGGAACACUGUGAGAGAACACACCCAUCUCCCUGCUUUAGCCUCAAUUAUCUCUUAGGACCGACCUGGCCAGGUGCGGCCAUCAUCAGCUAUCAUUACUGGCCUGUUGACAUGCUACGGCUGUGUUUGAGUGAUUUUCUCCCUGCAGCCGUUUUACACAAGAAGGCGCAAUAACCCCCCCACUAAUAAGAUAGCAAAGAUGUGUCCAAGCGUGUCAUUCCUCUAUGUGCCCUCACAUAUGCAAUCAUCAUGCAUGGAGAGGAUGAUGGAGGCCAGCUUGUUUUCCUCUCACUCUUAAAGCUACCCUCACGCACUUUACCACUAGACCUUUUCACUUAAUUAUUCAUCUUGGCUCAAGAGCAGUUCAAUAUUUACAUGAUGUGGCAUAUACAUUACAGUGUAUCAUCACAACACGGAACAGAAUUUUUCCACUUAAGAAUUCACGAGAAUAGUUUUCUGUUCCAGGGUCAAACUUUUGCCACAAUAAUGCAUUUAAAUACAUUAAGUCAUGUUUCUCUGUGACCUUUUAGCAUUUUACCAGCAUUAAUUGUCAUGUAAGUGCAAAGAGGAAUGAUGCAAGUUACUGUUGUUGAUCAAACAAAUAAAACCUAACCUUUUG